CUCACACCCAACACCACCAUCACUACAAGAAAUCCCUCUCUACUCACAGCCAAUACACAUCAACUUCCUAUACCUUCACCAUGAAGUCCCCAAUCUACCUCCUAACCGCACUGCUCCCCCUGACCCUGGCCCUGCCCUCCGCCGAAGAAGCCGACGUCGACUCCGAGGACAUCGACGUCCACCUCGCGGCCAGAAAGUCAUGCAAGUCCAACAAGCAGAUCAACUACUACCAAUGGCCUGUAGUCCAGACCGGAAGCUAUCAGGCGCAGACCAACGUCGAUUACCGGUGCAAAUGGAGAAACGGCGACUGGUAUAAGACGGGCAAGGGCUGGUGGGUUAGCGGAAGUAAUGUUCCCAGUGGUUGCAAGAGCGGCUUGCCUACCUGCAGCGUCUGAGUCUGAUGGAUUGCGUGCUUGUUUUGGGAUGGGACUGCUCCCUCGCAACCUUCUGCGCUAUGUUUC